UUGUUGCGUGUCAGCAUACAUUAGGUAGUUUUUAUUUCGUCUGCUAUACUUUAGAAUCACCGCAUGUUUCCUUAUGUAAUUUUAAUACCCCACAAAAUUCAUAUAUCCGAAAUUAGAAGAGAUAUAGAGGCUUUUUGGUAUCGAUCUCACUACGAAAAAACAUCGCGGCAGGAGCUCGUGCACUGCAGUGCAUUCUCGUUGCUCUUCUUUCUAUGUACAUGCUUUAUAACAUGGUAAAAUAAGCUUUUUGUCAUCUUAUGUCUUAUAAAAUAGACCUUCUGAGGUUAAUCCAUCUAUAACUGCAACAAAAUUCCAUUUAACAUUGUUCUAUCCGUAGUCCACGGAAAUCCUAAACUCUUGAGAUGUCUUUGGAGUCGGUUGCUUAAUUCACAUAAUCUCGUUUGCUAUUUAUGUUGAGUGAAUCUGCGUGAGGUAGGCGUACACAGUCUGACAGGACAGGCAGUCGGACACUGGUAAAGCUUAGAUUUGUAUGAACCGUCGCAUAGAGACACAUUACUUUCCAAAGCUUAGCUGCUUAACACAGUCAAAACUGAAGACUAGGUGAUAUAUUUCGGUGGCGAAGAGAGACUAAAAUUUUUAGGUUGCUAUCAAUCCGAUUCCAACUAGUUUGCCUUCCGUUUUCUAUUAUUAUUUCCUUAGGCUUGUUGACUUUGUUAUUUGCAUCAGUUCCCAAAUAAAAAUUUUGCCCCGAAGAGCCCCAAAAUUGCAACUAUUUUUUAUAUGGCUUCUUUGGUCUUUGAUAUAUAUAUAUUUAUAUGUAUAUUGAUAAUCCUGUAGCUAACACUAGAUUUUGUCUUUCACGUGAACCGAACUAAGGUGAGUAAUGGUAACUUACAGACAUUUGUAUGUAUCACAGUCAGUCUGAUAUCAUAUUAAUUGGCGGGAAAUCAGGUGUUGUAUUCGGUGUUAUUCUGGAUGAAACAACGCAUCUCAGCACCCUUGUAAAACAACCAACUCAGACUGAAAUGCCUAAAAAGAAGACUGGACAAAGGAAAAAGGCAGAAAAAGCCAAAGUAAGACAAAAAUUACUUCGACAACAAAGAUUAGAAAUUGAUCUCAUCAAUCAUCCUUCUAAUAUAAUAAUGGAGUGCGGUCAGUGUGGGAAGAAACAAAAGAAUAGAGCGUUUUGUUACUUUUGCCAGGCUGUGCAAAGACUUCCAGUGUGCUGUCAUUGUGGUAAACAAAAGUGUUCUGCUCGUUCGGGAGAUUGUCUUGUUAAACAUGGUUCCACCCACGUUACUGGACUUGGUAUGGUGGGAGCGAUUUGCGAUUUCUGUGAUGCAUGGAUUUGUCAUGGGGAAAAGUGUUUAUCAGUACAUUCUUGCGAAUGUCCUUUGAAAGAUUCUACCUGUAUUGAAUGUCAACGUGGAUUAGACAGUCAUGGCGGUCGAGUCUUUUCUUGUGCUUAUUGUAAUCAUAAACUUUGUGAAGAUGAUCAAUUUGAGCAUCAGGCAAGCUGUCAAUGUUUGGAAGGAGAAAACUUCAAAUGUCCCUCAUGCAAUAAAAUGGGAACACAAACGUGUCUUCGCUGUAAAGUGUCCUUUUGUGAUGAUCACUGUAAAAGGAAGGGCGUUAAAUACGAGCGUGGGAAACCUAUUCCCUGUCCGAAAUGCAGCCAUGAUCUAACAGCCAGUUACAACUUAAGCAUGUCAGUUCGUACUUACGAAUACGGUCGUCAAGCGUAUACAGAUAACUAUUCAGACGAAGAUACAACUAGUGAAGUUGAUGAAGAACAGUACUCUGAAAAUUCAGAAGACAACGAACAUGUCGCUGAUGAUGAUAAUGAUUAUAAUUUGUCAGAAAAAUUAAUUAUUAAAAAUUAA